CAGGAAGAACAGGCCGCGAAGCGCACCAAGGUCAUGAGGGAGAUCGUCACGAACCUCGACAUCGAGGGCUCGGAAAGCGACUGGGCUUCGAUCUACGAGGAUCAGGACACUUUCGUCGACCGUGUGUGCCAGCACACCGACGAGGACGCCCUGCACGAUCUCUUGACCCAGUACGGCAGCAAAGACCCGAUGGCGGGCAGCACGAAGCCGAAGAAGGUGGAGAAGCUCAUGGAGCUGGCGGCGGACGCCCCCGCGCCCUCGCAAGGCGAGCUGGGCGAAGGGCCUCGGCAGCCAGCGGCUCCCACCGGCGCCGCCGCAGUGCGGCAGCAGGC